AUGCAACCAUUGACAAGACUCGUUCCUCGGUUUGCAAUCGACUCAGGUUCAGUCUCCAUAUCGAGAACUUUAAGAAUCUCUCCUCGACCUUCGGUCAAAUCGUCAAUCUGUCUACAAUGUAGAAUUUAUUCUCCUAGUCUGCGGCGAUACUUUGCAGAUGAUCAAAGACCUAUAAUAGAACCACCUCCUCAUCUUCGACCUAUUGUUACACCUCCUCCUGAAGAACCCAAACCCCAAGUCGAAGAAAAGCCCACUCCUACUCCCGAGUCCAGCAAACAAGAUGUCUCUUCCUCUCCCAAACCCGAAAAAGAUGGAGAGCUCCCUUCCACACUCGAAAGUCGACGUCUGGCAGUCACAAAGAAACUAUCCCACCUCAUGGAUCAUAUGCAAGGCAACAUAUUCAUAGCAUCUCAACGGAUCAACGACCUCACAGGCUACUCCGGCAUUGAAGCCCUCAAGAACAAAAUCACCGAUCUCGAAACCCAAGUUGCCAAUUCCAAAGACCUAGUCCGAAGCACUCGACUACACUACAAAACUACCGUCGCAGACCGUGCUUCUUCUCAACGUGAGGUUACAACUUUACUAGCAAGGAAAGAUACAUGGACACCUGCCGAUCUCGAGCGUUUUACACAUCUGUAUCGUAUGGAUCAUACCAACGAGCAGGCAGUUCAGGAAGCAGCUACUCGACUUGCAGAUGCAGAACGCGAAGCUGAGAAAGCAGCGGGGGAAUUGAGCAGUAGUAUAUUAUCACGAUAUCAUGAGGAACAGAUUUGGAGUGACAAGAUACGAAGAAUGAGUACGUGGGGAACAUGGGGACUAAUGGGAGUCAACGUGCUGCUAUUCUUGGUAUUUCAAUUUGGAUUUGAACCAUGGAGAAGGAGAAGAUUGGUUGCAGGAUUCGAAGACAAAGUGAGAGAGGCAUUAGAGAAAGAGAAGACCUUUGCCAUGUCGACAGCUGUACGAGGUGCUGAAGUUGGUGGGGGAGAGGGUUCAGAAGUAAGCUUGGAUGAGAUCGUCGCAUCUGGUGUCCAAGAAUUGGAAGAAGAGAUUGGAGAAAAGGCCCUGGAUGAACCGGCGGUAGAAGCAGUAGCUGCUGUAAUGGAAGGUGAAGUAUCACAUCACGAAUCAAAUAACGAGCCAGCUCCGGAAAUCGGCGAAGCAGCAGCAGCAAUGGAUACUGCAGAAUUGAGCAUACCUUAUUCUAAACCCGCAUUCGAUUACCGAAACGUAGAAUCUUGGAAGGAAAAAAUGGAAGCCGGGAAAGCUGCGGCAAUAGAUUCAUGGAGUACACAACAAAUUUCGAUACCAAAAAGAGAUAUAACGAUCAUAGCAUUAGAAAGUGCCGCUGGGGGAGCAGUGCUUGUCGGAGCCAUCUUCACUCUCAUUCUACGUCGCUCAUAG